UUAGAAAAUAAGAGAGUUAAAUAAGAUUUAAUUUUUGGACUUUCUGCGGACAACACCAUGCUUUCUCAAAUUGAAACAGGACGUGAGACCUUUGAAUUUUGACCAAAACUUUGAAAUGCGUGAAUCAUCAGCAUUGGUCAGACUAGUUGAAUACGUCACAUGAAAAACCCGAACACAUUCCAAAUCCCUCCUUCAUUUUCUUCCCUCGUUUUACAGACGCGGACAUUCAAACUCCUUGAAACAAACAAACAAAGAAAGAGAUGGGUGGAGGAUCAGCACACGCUUUGAAGAGAAUCCCUCGCAUCAAAUUCCCCGUACGCCAUUCCAAGCAAUCUACUGCUGAUUCUUCUUCCCUAACGACAGAUGAUGCCUUGAAAGCAUUCCUAUCAAGGUCGGGUUCCAGCAAUACCGCCUUGUUUGCCUCCGGGAAGGCUUCUGAUCAGCCUAAACGAACACCCGUCUCAAAUGAUGAGAUUGAGGCUAUACUGCUGGGUGGAUGCAUCUGAACUUAUUAAUCACCCCAUUGGCUGUAUACUUUUUUGUAAUAACUCAUUUAUGUGGGCCACUAUUAAAACUGAUCUAUUGGCUCACAUAGUUGACGACAAUCUUUUGACAUUCAGACUUUAGCAUUGUUUUGUUGUUAUUUAGUGGAGCAUGGUGAAAUGGAUUUGGCUUUGAAACUUUGAUGCUACUAACAACAAUAUUACACCUUUUGUUGGUAUUAUGCUAAACUACAAGGUUUUGUAUGUCAACCAUAGUGGAUGCGUUAAAGAAUUGAUAAAGACUACUAAAUUGUGUGUAAGAUUAAAAGUGAGCGAAAAUUUUUAAAUAAUAAUUAUAGAAAGUGGGGGAGAAACUACCUAUUUUUAGAAAUGUUGUGAAAUUAAAAAGGCAGAUUAAAAUAAAUUUCUUAACAAAGAAAGUAAGUGAUAAUUAAGAAUAUGCCAUUGUUGCUGCCUGAUGCAUAGACUCAAGGAAAGAGAAUGAAAGUCCGAAUAUGCGUGUGAUCUUGUGAAUUCUGGUCACAGGAUUUAGGUGGGGAUUGAUGCGGUGGGAAUGGAUCUUUCCCAUUACUUUUUCACCAUUAUUCAUACUAAGAUCUUGACAUUUAUUUUAGAAUGAAAAUAAAAUGUUAAAAUUCCGUCAAUUUCUUUCAUCAAAUUAUUAGAUUGGACAGUAUAGUCUCUUUUACUUUAUAAGUAAGAGAAAGAAUUUCAACUCGGGAUUGUUUGGUUUGAUCUGCUCAUAUACUUGAUUUAAUGAACUUCUCAUACUUAAAGUUCAACCUAAAAAUGUAAAUAUUUGAAAAAAAAACUCCAAUCAAACUAAUAAAUAAACGUACAUAAUUUUGAUAUGUAAAAAUGGAAAUUUGGAGAUUAAAAGGUGGAAUUGGGAUUGAAAAUUGAUUGUUGGGAAUUGUUAAAAUAUAAUCCAAGUUCUUGUUUGAUAUGUGUGAUAAUGAGAUUGGAAAUAAAUUAUUAAAUUUACCAUUUUACGUAUUCUAAAUAAAGAUACAUGUUUUGAUUUUCUAAUAAAUAAGGGCAAUUUAGUCUUUUUACAUACAUUUCAAUUUCCACCCACCCAUUACCACCCCUUCCAUGGUAUUAUUUCCUUGGGAAUUAAGGGUUCAAAUUUCAUUCCCGGUCCCUAAAUUUAUUCCCAAUACCAUUUACCAAACAUGAGAAUAUAGCAUACUUGGGAUUACAAUUUCCAUUCCCACCUUUUAUUCCCACAUAUCAAUCACCAAGGUUGAUGUUCCAAUCCAAAGUGAAACACUUAAGACUCCUAAGUCCUAUCCUAUGAAAGUCAGGUAAAGUUAGCAAUUACCCUCUUUUUCGGAUAAAAAGAUUUGGAUUCAACUCUCAUUAACCCCUCCAAGCCAACUUUGUAAACCAAAAAAACCCUAAUCUUUGUGGAUAGAUAAAUCUUAGGUCGAUUAUAAGUCAAAUAUUUUGGGUCAGUUUAAAAUCGAAUCUUAGGUUCACAUUAGUUUUUACAUAAUUAUAAAUCUAUUUUAAAAUUAAAUUAAAUUGAGUUCGAUUAUAAAGGUAAAUAAAUAUUAAAAGUUCGUUUUGAACGCCUUGCAAUUUUAUAGUUGAACUCAUAAUGUUAAUAGGAUGAGCACAUGAUUAUGACCAAAACCCAGCAUGCUAGUACCGUAUGUCGUGAUUAGUAAAACAACAUGAGACGUAUUCUUCCUAUUGGUCUAUUCAACUCUAUUUCAAUUUCCCUUUUUUUUUUUGGCGUUUUACAACACACAACAAAACAAACUCAAACCCCCCCUUUCUUUCCUUUUUUUUCGUCUCUCUCCUUAAUCAUCAAUCCAGCUAAUUCCAUUCUCUUCUGCAGAUUCCACCUCCAUUAAAGGUACUUUCUUUAGUGUUUUUAUUCCCCUUUCAUCCUAACUUGAUUAAGUAUUCAAUUUUUCAAGGAAUUUCACAAUCUCUGCAAAUUUUGCUCUUGGGUUAUUAAUCAAGAUUAAGUUUUUAUUUCCAUGUUUUCUAAAUUAAAAGUAUUUGUAAUUUGUGAGUAUUCUGUCGAUGGAAAUAUAGUGUUCAUUAGAAAUUUUGUUUAAUUUUAUUUUUAUUUAAGUUUAUUUUUUGGAUGAUUGAUUCAAAAUCAAUUUAGGAUGAUCAUUGAUAAUGGGUAUCCAAGUUGAAGUAUUUUUUGAAGGGUUGGGGUUUCUAUAGAGGAUGAUGGCUGGAUGUGAUUUGUGAUUAGGGUUUAAUUUGAGGAUGUAGAUAGCCUAAUUCAAUGAAGAUAGUGAGAGAUAUUUCUUUAAGUCAAGCCCAAAGUGAAAUCUUUUUUCUAUUUUGGGGGAGCGAGGAUUUAAUAAUCUAUUAAGCUUAAUAUGGUACAUAAAAUUAUUCUUGAUUGGCUAAUUAGCUGGAUCAGUUGAAGUCUUUUUGGAAUGUAUACCUAUUUGGUAGCUGCUACUAAAUGGGUGUUGUGUUAAGACUUUUUAGCCUAUAUAUCCGUUAAAAGUUCCCUGCCUUUCUGUGGUGAUGAAGCUCUACCCACAUACUUGUGUAUUCCUUCAUAGUAAAUAUCCGUUACCCUUACGGCCCAUUUGGUAAUCGUUACUAAAUGAUGGGAAUGAUAAUGAAAAGUUAAUGUAAUUUUGGUAGAAACAUCUCUUGACAAAUCUAAUGGCCAUGAUUCUCCUUCAAUAAUCUCAUUUUCUUUUAUAAAAUUCAUUUCAAUGCAUUACCAUUUGAACAUGUGGUAUUAGAUGGUAAUGGAAAAUUGUGAAGUGGGAAAUUUUUUUAUGAUCAAACUUUCAUCACCUUGAGAUUUGCAUGAUACAUAUCAUGAAAAUUUAUACUACAAAGCAUUCCCAUUACCGUCAAUAUGUACCGUUAACCAAAUGGGCCGUUAAUACCAUCUUUUCAAGUGGCAAUGGAUUGUAAUGACGUUUAUGAAGAAAAAUAGAUGUUUGGUGAUAGAAAGUAUUACCAUGAAGGUUGGCAUGUAACUUUUGUAGAAGAAAUGACAUACUCAAUAUCGCCACCAUUUAGUAUAGCUUCUAUUAGGAGCAUUAAGGCAACGUAAAAUCUUGGUGGGUUUGUGGAUUACGAAGAGAUUCACAGCUAUACAUGAUUGGAUUGAGUGUAAGGGUUGCUGAUAGAUAUUACUUGGGUGCAUACUUGAAGAUUCUAGUUCUAUGUUAGGUAGCUGUUUGUUCAGGUUGCAGCACAACCGAAAUGAUGGAUGACUGUUAGUUAAGAUGCUUUGUGCUGUUCCAAGCGUGUUGUCAUUUUGUUUUCCAAAGUUUGUUUACUCGCAAUGGUUUAGAUUUGGCCGCGACUAGCUAUUUUGGUGCUCAUCAUCACACCAAAAUUAUACGGCGUUUACUUUUGCCCUAAGUUAGACAUGGGUGUGGAACAAUACAUUUCGGAAAACUAUUCUAGAUUACGAACUAAUGAUUAUGACAUGCCGAAUUCUCAAAUCGCAACCUAAGGUAGACCGUAAACUGCUUAGUUACUCAGGAUAGUCUAUGAUAAACAUGAUAGGAGUCUUGAGGUACAAACUUUAUAUGGGCAUUUGAUACGUUGUUUAUUAAGAAAUGUGUAAACUGUCUAUGGCAUUCUUCAUUUUGUAUGAUUCAACUGAUGGCUGCUAGCCGCUAGUUCAUUACUAAUCACACUGAUAACUUCAUUUCAAGGAAGAUCAUUACUAAACACAAUGGUAUACAAGAAAACUUGAAGAAAAUUCUGGGCGUUUAUUGCAUGGUUUAUAAAGGAUUAUGUACUACACAGAUAAAGCUCGUUGGAUGCUUUCUUUUUUAACUCUAGAGGUCCCUGCUGUAUGAUUGAAUAGUAGCUUAAGAUGUUAGAGUAUAUGUAAUUUGGAAUACAGGGAGAUUAAUCACACAACAUACAUUCAUGUCUACGUGUGUGAUUAGUUUAAUAUAAUGACCGAAUAAAGGGAUCAAUGGAUACAGGGGAUGUUUGGUAGAGAGGAUAUUGAGGUAAAAAGAGUAGAAUCAAUGUCAAAAAGUAGAUUUGACAAAUUAUCUAUUAUGUGGUUAGUAAUUUGUAUAUUGUGGGCUCGAAGAACAGGUUAUAGUGAAUCUACUCUUUCCACUUAGGUAGCGUGAUGAGCUUGAAAGAAAAAGAGGAAGUGGUAGUCUGAACACCACUUGAAUAAAGUAGUGUCGCAUGAUUUGCUAAUCUCCCAAUUAAUAUUCCGUUAGUUGUUAAUUGAAAAAAGAAAAA